AUGUUUUUUACAGUGUCUUGGGUGAACUCUAGGAUGCCAGUGCUGCUGGCCAGCCUUCUCUUGCUGAUCCCCUCACAAAUGCUGAUAAAAGGGGCUGUGUCCCACCUCAUGAUGGAUAUGGCUCUGCAUUCCUUUGAUUAGUAGUAUCUGGGGUGUAGAGAUCAGGUGAUGGAAGAACUGGACUGAGACUAUUUCCGAAAGGAGACAGCUGCUAACAAGGACUAUUUGAGUCUCUGGAAGAAGGCUCAAGAGGCUUUGUUAAAGAGCCCUGUAGGUCUCCUGAGGGAGAUGCAUGAGAGCCAUGCCAUGGCUUACACCAUGAAUUCUUCCUUGCACUGUCAGCUGAACUGGGCCACAUCUAUAGCAGGAAGCUCUCCAGAGCACUACAGACACAAGUUCAGUUUCAAAUAUUUUCACUUGAACCUAACGACUGCUAUUCAGAUAAUGAAGCAAUGGCAGAGCAACAAGGAGAGCAUGGUGAAACAUAAGCGCUAAUAAGUGCACAGGGGUGUAAAAGAUUUAUAUAUUGAGGCCAGGGUAGGCAGCAGGGUGCAAUUUGUCCAUUUCACCUCCACCUCCCACCUCUGGAAUGAAGCCCAGAAGUCUGGGAAAGAAACUUCGUUCACAGUGACAACUUGCCUGGGAGCAGCUGCACAAGGCUUUUCUUACUACACAUCUGAGAAGGAAGUCCUCAUUCCCCUGUACGAGAUACUCUUUGUCAUUCAGACACAGCAUGGUAACUGGCUGCAUCUGCAGUCUGUGGGGAACUACAGUAAGUACCACUGCCAGCUCAUGGAAGGUUCAAGAAGCAAGAACAGCUACUCCACUGCCCUCACCUCUGCCACUCUUCCCAGUGUAGUUGGAGUUUUCAUGUGCUUGGCCUGCGAUGACUGA